AUGCUCGUGUUCGUGACCGGUGCGCCUGGCUUCAUAGGCCGUGCAACCAUUGAAGAACUUCACAAGCACGGACAUGAAGUGUUGGGCCUCGCGCGAAGCGAUGCCUCUGCGGAAAAAAUCUCCAAGCUCGGUGCACAGGUUCACCGAGGCGACCUCGAAGACUUGGAGAGUCUGAGGACCGGUGCGAAGAAAGCUGACGGCGUCAUUCACCUUGCAUUUAUCCACGACUUUAGCAACUAUGAGCGAGCCGGAGCAGCCGAUCGGGCGGCAAUCGAGGCCAUGGCUGAAGCAAUGGCGGGGACAGGAAAGCCACUGGUCAUCGCUUCUGGCACCAUGCUUGCCGUGAAGGGACAACUUGCUACUGAAGACGCCGAGCCAGAGCGUGGGACGCCGUUUGCGAUGAGGCAGGAGUCCGCCGACCUUGUUGUGAAGUUGUCAAAGGAAAAAGGGAUCCGCGGCUCGAUCAUCCGCCUCCCACCCACAGUCCACGGUAAAGAAGAUAAAGGACUCAUCCCCAUGUACAUCGACGGCGCGCGUAAGGCCGGCGCGGUCAGCAUCGUUGGCGAUGGAUCAAACCGCUGGUGCGCUGUUCAUCGCCAGGACGCAGCUGUUCUAUUCCGCCUGGCACUUGAGAAGGGCGUACCAGGUGGUACCUACCAUGCCGUCGCGGAGCAAGGUGUCCCAUGGAAAGAUAUAGCGAAUGUUGUUGGCAAGAAUUUGCAGUUGCCAGUGGAAAACAAGUCUUCCGAGGAGGCCAUGAAGACGCUUGGGUUUCUAGCUCUGGUGUUCGGUGCAGACAAUCCUGCAUCGAGCGAAAAGACGCAGAGGGAACUUGGAUGGGAUCCCCGGGCUUCUGGACAGCCUGAGCUACUAGCAGACUUGGAAGCGAACUACUUUUCCUGA